AUGCCUCGGACAAGAAAAUGGAAAGCCAAAACCACAACAAAAACUUCACCACCUGAAACUGUGGAGAACUCUCUGCUAAAAGAUUACGAUGACAAUAUUAUACGAACUUUGGCUACUGCUGAAGACUUCGUUGUAAAUAAUCCACCCUCACUGAUGGGGAUGCUGUACGGAGACUUGCCGCCAUCAGUUGUAUGGAAAGUUUUGUAUCUUGUCAAUCGUCAGAUCACAUCUGAGGAAGAAUGCACCCUUCUGUGUUUGUUGACGGAUUACCUGGCUGGAGAAUGUGUUGACCUUGGACUUCUAAACCCCAGCAACAAGUACAACACGCAGACACACGUCUUACUAGAAGAAGUAGCCAAUGCAUGGAAUAAUGUUCUACAACAACCUCGUGUUUUCAAAGAUAACAAGCUGCUGAAGUCUUUACUGUCCAACUUGAAGAAAAGCCUGUCCUCUUUCACUGUGUUUGGUUUUGACCACUACUUUUCAAGGACACUAGACAUCGUCAGUAAACAUGAACUAAAUCAAUCAAUUGUUCCAUUUUUCACCUAUCCUAUGGUACCAAAGAACUUCUCCAUCCCGGAAUACAAGGUUAAAAGGAUUCUGUCAGCUGGUAAGGUACCAAGACAGGACCUAUACAGUUCAUAUCAGGACACAGCGGGUAAACUAGUAUCACAGAGCCAUAAGAAACCAAGAUGGGACAGUUCAGACAUAGAAUGGGUGCCUUCAGAUGAUGACCUGGACACGUCCUCCUCUAUCUCUGAAUUUGAUGGAAAGGAUUUAGAUCCUUUAAGUGAUGUAGACUCUCCACUCAAUUCUGAUUCAGAGGAAUUAAUUUCUCAUAAUAAAGAACCAUUUAAAGAUGUAUCCAAUUUCAGCAGCUCAGUCAAACCUGAUGAAAAAGGCAAGAAAACCCAGAGGGAUUGUUUGGAGAAUUUGAAAGACCAAGGAGAAAAGUUUGCUGUUGAGCAGAAGGAGAAUCUUAUUGGCUGGAAAGAUCACUACCAUUAUGAAUUUGGAUACUCGUCACCUCUCAAAGACAAAAAAGCACUUCAAAAUUGCCAAAACCUAUCUAAUAGCAAACAGUCAAUUAACUCUAUAGGAGACACCUAUACUGAUUACUCAGAUUGUUCUCUCUCUCCUGUAAUCAGGAAAAGAUGUAAAGACAGUCCUCCAAGAAUCAGAAAAGGUGAAGUACGAGAAAAUGAAAGGAAAGUGAAAACAGCACAGAGAGAUCUGUAUGCUGAUGACUCAGAUCAAUCACUUUCUCCCAUUGUCAAAAAAAGAUAUAAAGACAGCCUUCCAAGUUGUAGAAAUGAUGAUUUUAGAGGAAAAGACAAUAGAUUGAAAACAGCACAGAAAGAUCUGUAUGUCAGUGAAUCAGGUUAUUCACUUUCCCCCAUUGCCAAGAAAAGGUAUGAAGGCAGCCCUUCAAGGUGUAGAAAAGAGGAUGUCAGAGAUGAGAAAGAGAAAAGAAAACAAAGAGAUGGCAACGUUGGUGUAAAGGACAAGAAAGGGAAAACAUUAAAAGAUCCAAAAGAAAAGUUGAGUUUAAGUUAUGACAGUGAGCUGAAAAGAAAGGAGGUUUGUCAAAGAUGGACAGACAUGUCUGGCAGAGAGGAAGAAAGCAAGAGUACAAAGAAAACUUGGGGAUACCUUUACGAUGAUGAAUACUUACUCUCUCAACCCACAAAACCCAAUGAAAGAAAAAACGGGGUUCCUUUAAAGCUGAAGAAAUUAUCUGGUGGCUCACAUUAUAAGAACAUAGAUAUGGAGAGACAACAGUCAAGAAAACAGAUGAUAAAGGCUUUUUCUGAUGAUUCAGAUUCUUCUCUGCCAGAUCUAGAUGAUGAUCAGAAUGUACCAUACAGCAUUAAGCAAUGUUGGGAAGAUUCUCUGAGUACUGAUCAAGUCCUAUUUCAACAGACUGAGGAAGAUGAUUAUUAUGCCAGACGAGUUGGAUUUAGGUCUUUUUAUGACACUGCAAGUGAUGUAGAAAGUCUCUGCUCCUCAGAAUACAGUGAUGGUGAGGCAUCUGUGAAUCAUUUUAUUUCAUGUAGUGAAGGAGGUGGAGUUUCUGAGAAAAGCAAAAAAGACGGGUUUGUUAUGUGCAAAGAACAGAAACAUGAUAUAGGGAACAAACAAGAAGACAGAUCUACUCCUGGGAAAACAUUCAGAAAAUGUCAUGAAAGCAAAGAAAAACUUAGUGGUGGCUCUGAAUUCCUGUAUGAUGAUAUGAGUUAUGUCUCUGAAACAACCAAGCAGAAGAAACGUAAAGAUUGUAAAGAUCAUGUCUGUGGAAAUCCAGCAAAGAGAUUAAAGCACAUUUCUUCUCCAAAAAGGAUGGACCUAGAAAAUGAAUUGAUUAAGAAAAGUAUGUAUGAAGAAAGCUUUCAUCAUGCUGCUCCGUACAGAACUCCAGAAAUCACCAAGCCUAACAACAGAGAUAUAGGGAGAGAGAUUCUUCCAUCCAGCCCACAAAAUCCUGAGAAGACACCAUCCAAGUCUAGGAACCAAGACAUUCGCAAUUUUUUUAAAGGUUGUUGUUAAUAUUUAAGUCCAUUAUCUGAAUAUUGUGAUUUUUGUCCUAGUCAGCAAUGGAUGUGCCAACUUUGUUGAUUUUAUUACAUUUCAAAUUUUCAUUAUCUUUUAUCGCAGAAAAUGCAGAUUACCGUAUACAGUUCUCUCAGUUUUAGAAAUUGUGCCUCUAAAACACAUAUUGGUAUGGAAAUGUGUUAAUUAGUUAAUUAGUGGCAAGAUUUACAGUUUUAUGCUAUUAAUGCUGUUAAAUGAAGUGUUGAUCAAUUUUGAAAAAGACCAGUGUACAUGUUAAACAUAAUAUCUUUGAAUAUGAUAAAGGUACAGGAUGCUUUUUUUUCGUAAUUACAUGUAAUAAUUUUUGAAAAACUAAGCAAUUUACAGUGAAAUACAAAGAUGUUGCAUAAAAGCAAGUUGGUUAAAUUGGGGUCACAAUAGGGGUACAAAGGUUAAGGUAGGUGUAGAUUUAUAUAAACAUCCUUAAAAUUAACAAUCCUAUUCUUAAAUUAAUAGAGGCAUUAAUAUUUAUGCUGUUUUAAAUUUGUUGAUGGCAUUACCCUCUGGUCAAGGUUAGGGCCACAAUAAGGGGCCUCAUUGCAUACUGAAUUGCCCUUGAAGUCAAAGCAUUGUGACUCAGAUAACCAUUGCUAUCCAUGGUCCAUUUGGUUUUGGUUUUGUUUUUUGUAUGUUUAAUUUUACUCUAAACUCAUUGAUAUUGAGAGAUGCAUGUUUCAUGGAGUGUUGAGUUUUAGUUUUGAUAAGUUUUAUUAGUAGAGGCACAUAAGAGGCUAUUUUGUAGAAGUAGUUUUAGUAGUACUAAGUAGUGCAUGCAUCAUAACAGUAGUAGUAGUGGUAGUGCAUCCAUCAGUAGUGCUUUUGAGAAUGUUUUAGUGCUAGUAUUACUGUAGAUUCCUUAUUUUACGCGAGUACUUAAUAUCGCGAAAUGGCCCAAGGGCGUCAAUUCGCGAGAAAAAUAAUUCACGAAUGGGUGAUUUAUCUAGAGAUUCAACCUACAUUAAAGCACCAUCAA